CUGAGAAAUUACUUCCGCCUGCCACCACCUCUGCUGGAGCGUUGCGCUGCCUCUCUCCCGUGCGGCUAGGUUUCCCCGCCGCCGCCGCCGCCGUCGCCUCCCAUCUUCCAUCCCCACCGCCGCAGCCGUCGCCUCCCACCUCCCAUCCCCACCCCCACUCCCGUUUCUGCCCCGUCCCGGGACACGUGCGCUGCCGCCGUCCACGUCCUACCGAGCUCCUACGCCAGCAGAUCGACACCGCCGGACCCGUUCGCCGCCGUCCAUCUCGCCCUCUGCCUCCGGCUCAGCACCUACUAGCUUCCGGAAAAGCUCAAGCUCAGUAUUUCCCUCCUACCUACGCCUAGCUUAGGGCCGGCCCCGGUCUCGCCCGGCAGCAAGGGGCUCGCCGCGAUGGCGGACCUGAUUCCGGGGGAAGGAGAGCUGGCCUUCGGCGGCAACCAGGACGACGACGACGCGGAGGACGCCUCGCCGGGCAGCAAGGAGCUGGCCGCCAUGGUGGAGGCGGCGGCGGCGGCGAGCGUGGAGCUGGACGCGGCCGCCGACCGGGCGCCGCCGUACGGGGACGACCGGACGCCGAGGGACGGGAUGGUGUUCAAGUCGUACGAGGAGGUGCUCAACUUCUACAAGCGCUACGCCCUGCGCACCGGCUUCGGCGUCUGCGUCAAGAAGUCCUCCUUCACCAAGGCCGGCCUCUGCCGCCGCCUCCUGCUCGUCUGCAACAGGUGGGGGAACGGCAAGGAGGACGCCUGCUACCAGGCCAGGCCCACUGCCAAGACCAACUGCCAGGCCACCGUCGUCGCCAGGCUCUGGGGGGACGGCAUGCUGCACCUCACCGACGUCAGCCUCGACCACAACCACCCGCUGAACCCCUCCGCGGCGCGCUUCCUGCGGUGCUACAAGACGCUGCCCAGCGGGAUGAGCAAGGACCUGGUGGUGAGGGCCGCCAGAGGCGAAUGCGCCACGUCCGGCGGCGACGUCGAGGCCCCCCCGAUGUUCGAUGACUGGGGGCGACUCAAGAUCAGGGAGGGUGAUGUUCAGGCCAUCAAUUGCUUCUUUGCAGAGAUGCAGGCCAAGCAGCCAAACUUCUUCUAUGUCAUGGAUUUCUAUGUGGAGGGUCACCUGAGGAGCGUUCUUUGGGCCGAUUCAAGAUCCAGGGAAGCAUACCAGUAUUUUAGCGACGCUAUCUGGGUCGAUACCACCUGCUUGAGGAGUAAGUUCAAUGUGCCCCUGGUUUUGUUUCUCGGGGUGAACCAUCAUGGCCAGCUUGUCUUGUUAGGGUGCGGCUUGCUUUCGGAUGAGAGUACAGAGAGCUUCCUAUGGCUGUUCAAAGCAUGGCUAACUUGUAUGAAGGGAAGGCUUCCAGGCGCCAUGAUUACGGAUGAGUCUGUGGCGAUAAAAGCUGCGGUUCGAGAAGUGUUCCCCAAAACACGCCAUAGGAUAAGUGAUUGGCAUAUAGUGAGAAGUAUUGCUGAAAAGUUAGGAGAGUUGCCAGAAUAUGAAUCGAUAAAAGUCCAAAUGGAGGCAGUGAUAUAUGGUUCCUUGAAGGAUGAUCAGUUUGAGACAAGGUGGAAGAACUUGAUCAAUAGGUUUGGCCUUCAGGAUAAUGAAUGGAUCAUCUUUCUGUAUGAAAAUCGACACUUGUGGGUCCCUUCCUUCCUGAAAGAUGCCUUCUGGGCUGGACUGUCUGUUAACCACCGGGAAAGCCCAGGUGCAUUCUUUGAUGGUUCAGUGAGCCAUGAAACCACAUUGGUGUCGUUCCUUAGCAACUACAUGAUUCUUGUACAGUACAAGUACAAAAUGGAGCAGCAGGAUGAUUUUGAGUCAUUAACCAGCGGCAGGGUCCUUGUAUCAAAGUUCCCUAUGGAAGAGCAGAUAUCCAAAUUGUACACCCUGAACAUGUUUGUGAAAUUCCAGGAUGAGCUAAAAUCAACCCUGGACUGCCAAGUUCAACAAGUAUCGCCAUCUUCUUUUGUAGUUAUUGACUUAGCUGAACAAGGCACAGGAUUAGUGACUAGAAAGUAUGAGGUUGUUCACUGUAUGGAGACCAACAGGAUGGAAUGUAACUGUGGCCUAUUUCAGUUUAGUGGAAUUGUUUGUCGGCAUGCGUUAUCGGUGCUUAAAUGGCAGCAAGUGUAUGAUAUCCCCCCUUGCUAUGUACUUAACAGGUGGAGGAGUGAUUUUAAGCAGCUGCACGCUCUGGAUAAUCCACUCAAGGAUCCUUUAGUAUCGAGUAAUCAUGUUGAGCGUUAUGACCAUAUUUCCUUGCAGUGCCUCCGUCUUGUUGAGAUUGGAAUGGUUUCAGAUGACAAGUAUCAGCAUGCAUUAAAACUAAUAAGCGACAUGAAAAGGACCCUUCUUGAUGAUAAUUUGUGCCGCGAGUUGGAGCAGAAAAUGUCACCUCCUGAACGCGCAAUUGUUGUGAAUGGUGAUAGCCAUGCACAGCCUGGUUCAUCUGAGGGGGGUCCAGCCAAAAAACGCCGCGGCCGUCCUCCCAAAAAGAGUAAAGAGAUAAGCGCGGAGUCUGUGUCAAAUCAAUGUGGAAACAAGGAGUCUUUACUGGUAUCUUCGGAUGUAAGCCAGAAGGGUGCUUUACAUUCUUCUUCAACUGCCUCCAACCUUGGUACUCAUGUCAGAGCACAUGGUGUUGAUGAUCUUAUGGAAGAAGUUAAUGCUAAUGAGGUAUCAUUUGAGAGCCGUUAUGGGGUGCAAUCUAGCCAUCCAAAUCAUUAUGGUGACCAGCUGCAUCCAGGCCACACAUUGCAGUUUGGCCAACACAUAUCCGCAGAGCAAUCUAGGGGAGUCGAGUGGGUGUAUCCGACUAUAUAUCAGGAUGAUCAAGUGCCUUAUGGCAGGCGGACAUCUUGAAUGCUAGAACAGGAGAAUGAUUUCAGGUUCCUGAUGAUGAGAUGUACAGAGGGGUCCGGGAAGCUGCCAGUUGGCGUCGGCCCCCACCCCAGGAUGUGUUAGCUUCAUCCAUCUAACAUCAGAGGCGCGGCGGCGUGAUGAGAGCGCGCGUGUCGGCACAAGUCUGGGCAUGUGGUUUGAUUCUUUCGCCUGCAUAGAGACCGGCAUGAAAGUGGCAAUGUGACUUGGCUGACCUUGAUGGUGCUGGCAACUGCUAAAAUGUAGUGUACUGUGCCUGAUCCUGACAAGAACUCAGAUAUAGCUCUCUUGAAAUCCUGCUCUCUUUUUGACUGCUGACCCUGACCUAUGUGAAUACAUCGUUCGACUUUUUUUCUUUCUGAAAAAACCCUGUCGUUUUUU